CCCAGGAAACUCAAGGGGGGAAGUGGAGAAGUUUCCCAAAGCCUUGUUUUAGUGCCAGGCCUGGAUCAGACAUACAGAGAGUGAAGAAGAGGUUUGGAAUAGGAGCCACAUGAUCGAGAAUUAGCCUUGUCAUAACCAGGACAGGAGCUUAUGGUCUAUGUUCUUUGGUGAAGAUUAGAGAGUUUUGAGGUAUGGAAUGGCUGAACAUUGUGGGACUGCUCUUCCUCUGCUCUCCGGCCUCCUCUCAGAAGCUCUCAUCGACAGGAAGGAAUGUUUGCCUCAGCCCACGGGACUCGGCUCUUGUGUGUUGUUUAGGAUGGGCCCAGCAGGGUGAUGAGUGCACAAUACCGCUCUGUGAAGGACAGAACGCCUGCAUGCAGAAUGAGGUGUGUGUGUAUCCCAGAGAGUGCAGAUGCAAUCCAGGGUUCUUUGGAUUCCAAUGCAAAACUCCCUGUCCUUCUGAGUUCUGGGGCUCAGACUGUCGUAAGCCAUGCUUGUGUCACCCUAAUGGCCAUUGCGACCCUGUUACUGGUAAGUGCAAAUGCCUUCCUACCCACUGGGGCAACAUAUGCCAGAAUAGCUGUAAAUGUGGACGUCACGGCCGCUGUGACCCUGUCAGUGGUAACUGCACUUGUGAUGAAGGCUGGUGGGGUUCCACCUGCACCAAGUUGUGCCACUGCCUUCCCAGCACCUCCAGCUGUGACCCUGGUACAGGCCUUUGUAUCUGCAAAGAGGGUUAUUGGGGUCAGACGUGCCGCAGGCACUGCAACUGCUUAACAUCACCUUGCGAGCAAGUCUCAGGUGAGUGUCAGUGCAAACAUGGCUUGUGGGGACCCAGCUGUAACCGACAAUGCGUCUGCAACUUUAGCCACAGCAAGUGUGACCCCCGCACAGGAACGUGUGUCUGCCAGCCAGGUUACAAGAACCCUACCUGUAAUGAGCAGUGCGACGUGGGAUACUAUGGCAGCGGCUGCUUGGAGAGCUGUGGACAUUGUGAAGGAGGCAAACCAUGCUCUAAACUGGAUGGCUCAUGCAGCUCCUGCGCCCCGGGAUGGAUCGGCACACGAUGUGAUCAGCCCUGUCCAUCUGGUUACCAUGGCAUUAAGUGCCAGGAGGUGUGUCCUCACUGCAGGAGGGGUGAACCAUGUGAUUCCAUAACAGGAAUGUGUGCACAGUGUGACCCUGGCUGGACUGGACCCAGAUGUGACCAGCUUUGUCCUAAUGGUACUUUUGGGGCCGGCUGUCAUUUCCUCUGCAGUCCUUGCUAUCAUGGUCGCUGUGAUCAUGUGACAGGAAGCUGUCUUUGCCAACCUGGCUUUCAGAGUGCGAGUUGUAACAGUUCAUGUCCAGAUAAGAUGUAUGGAAUAAACUGCUCAUUGGCCUGUGACUGUGGAGGUGAUACAUGUCAUCCUGCCAGUGGAGAAUGUCCCUCCAGCAUUCGGGCAGGGCUUCUAGCAGGACUUCUAAUUCCUCUGCUGGUUCUCAUACUUGCCUUGUUGUUUUGCUGCUGCUGUUGUGGAAGUCCAGCUGAUGGGAAGGACAGAGUGGCAGUAGGGGAUGGGAGUAAGACGAACCGAAUGAAGCAUCAUGUCUACACAGUGCUAGCCAACAUGAGCUCAGCCAUGCCAUGUCUCUUUCUUAGGUCCUCUGGACUUCCUAGGGUUACAGUUUCUCACCAUGAUCCAGAGCUCACCUUUAACCACAGCUUCAUCGAGCCCCCUUCAGGCUGGGUCUCAGACUCUUUUGAGACUGAUGAGGAUGGAGAAGCUGUCUACUGUGUUCCUCCCAGAGAAGACAUUCCAGCUGUGGCAGGAGGAGAACUUCAGUUUCAGGAAAUGGGUUCAAAGUGUAACUUCUUAUCCGAGCCACCAACGUUCAGCAGCGAGGACAUGUCACUGGCUUUCGGCAUACCAAGGACCUCAAGCAUUGCCAAAUCCAAACGGCCAUCUGUUUCUUUUGCAGAAGGCACCAAGUUCAGCCCGAAAGAGCGCCGUGGCUCGACUCAGGAGCUUGGUCGCAAACCCAAAACUCCAUGGGGAGUCCUGAUGUUCUCCAGCCUGCAUGGGGCACAGGGGAGCCACGAGCAGACUGCAGUAGAUAAAGAAGAGACAAGUGAUGAGGUUCAAACAUCCUCAGAGGACCAAGAAUCUAACUUCUUAACAGAGGCAGACUCAGAGAGGUAUGAGUCUAUCCCAUCAAGGGCUUAUUUAACUGUACCAGGUAGUAGGCGGCACACUCCGUCCAACCCUAAGAAGAGCCUACAAUCGCAGCCCUCGUCUGAGGUGUAUGAGAUGGAUUCAGGGACAGAGAAGGUGUCCACGGUCUAUGUAACUGUAGGCAAGCCUAUGCGGGCAUCCAAGGCAGACUUAAGCUCUGAGGGGCCAGUGCAGGCCAUGCUACGCAGGCUGGGCAGCAUCCAAAGACAGAGAGAGGAAACAGCACAGCCCAAAAGUAAGGGGGCUGCCCAGACAAAACCCCCACGCAGGAAACUGGGGGCACGUGCCAGCUUGUGGGAGCAGGCAGAAGUUUCAGGACAGCCAGAUGUUGUACUGAGGAAACCCAGCCGUAGAAAACACACCUCCCAUAGCUCGCCAUGUACAGUAGGGGCUACUGAAUUGGUACAGGACAACACCACCCCCAAGAGACCACUGUCCUCUAUACUUAAGUGUGUCCCAGGAAGCACUACACAAGUCUUAUUAGGGGACAUGGACCCAAGAACUGCCUCUGAAUCAGAAACUAACACUGAAGCUAUCUAUGAGACUGUGGCAGAUGAGGUAUCUACUUCAUCAGAGGUUAUCCAUAAUGGCACAGUGCAGAAUAAAGAGUCCAACUAUGAAAAUGUUUAUAUAAAUCAUUCUUGAUAUUGAGUUGUUGAUAAACUGAUAUGUUUUAAGUGAUUAAUGUUAGAAUUAUAUUUCCCAUUCUGUAUUAUUACAUCUUAAAUUGCUGUUUUUAUGUAUUUCAAACGUUCGUUAUUUCUCAUUAUAAAACUUACAAAAUUAGC